CCCCCGUUUUCCCCCGAUUUUUCCUCCGAUUUUUCCCCCUUUUUUCCUUAUUUUUUUUCCCCUUUUCCCCGUUUUUUCUCAUUUCCUCCCCCAAACUUUCUCUUUCUCCCAGGUAACGCCCUGCUGCGCCGCCUGGUGCGCAUCGGGGUGCUGGACGAGGGCAAGAUGAAGCUGGAUUACAUCCUGGGGCUGAAGAUCGAGGAUUUCCUGGAGCGCCGCCUGCAGACCCAGGUCUUCAAGCUGGGCCUGGCCAAGUCCAUCCACCACGCCCGCGUGCUGAUCCGCCAGCGCCACAUCCGAGUUCGGCAAGGCUCACUGCGGCGCCGCCGUACACCUUGCGAAGGGCGCCCCCCUCUGGGCAACUGCAGGUAAAGAUUAGUAAAAAAAAACUC